UGUUGUGUUUUUUCCACGCUGAGCUAACGCACCGAGAAAAUGUCUAGAAUUUAUGUGGGAAAAUUAAGCUAUCGCGCCACGGAGAAAGACGUGGAAAGGUUUUUUAAAGGUUAUGGAAAGAUACUGGAAGUGGACCUGAAAAAUGGGUAUGGCUUCGUGGAGUUUGAUGACCCUCGUGAUGCAGAUGAUGCUGUGUAUGAUCUCAAUGGUAAAGAUCUUUGUGGGAAGAGGGUGAAAGUGGAGCACACCAUAGGACAGAGGCGUGAUGGUGGCAACAGAUAUGGAAGAGGUAACCGGUUUGGUCGUGGAGGGGGAGACAGACAUGGCCCACCUACACGCUCAGAUUACAGGCUUAUAGUGGAGAAUCUUUCUAGCCGCUGCAGCUGGCAGGAUCUGAAGGACUACAUGCGACAGGCUGGUGAAGUGACGUAUGCUGAUGCUAAUAACGGCCGCAAGAACGAGGGCGUCAUAGAAUUCAGGCAGUACUCAGACAUGAAAAGGGCCCUUGAAAAACUUGACGGCACCGAGGUCAAUGGAAGAAAGAUUCGUCUCAUUGAGGACCGUCCUGGUGCCAGACGCAGACGGUCCUUCUCCCGCAGCAGCUCCAGGUCUCGCUCUAGGAGCAGGAGGUCUCGCAAGAGCAGAAGUCACAGUCGAACCAGCGGUCGCUCAAGACAUUCAGGCUCUCGAUCACGCAGCAGGUCUGUCAGCAAGAAGGCAAAGGACAGGAGCACUAGAGGAGAGAUGGAAGAGAGCAGCAGUGGAGCUCGCAGCCCCCACAACAAAAAGAGCAAAAGGGAUGACUCUCAGUCUCGUUCCAGGUCUCGAUCAAAGUCAAGGAAUAACUGGUCUCUUUCCAAGGAGUCUAGGAACAAGAAUCGGGAAGGUCAGAGUGAUGAAGAAGGCAGAGGGGCUGAAGGGUCAUGCUGGUCAAAGUCCCGCUCUCGAUCUAGGUCACAAACGCCUCCAGAUGCUGAUCUGCAGAGGAGGUCCAGAUCCAAAUCUCGCUCUCGUUCGCAUUCUAAAUCUUAUUCUCGAUCCCGCUCACGGUCUAGGUCAUAAGAUUAGAUGUUAUCCUUUCUUGCCCUACAUUCCUCUUCUGAAAUCCAGUUUUUAGUUUUUUCUUUUAUUCUUUUUACGUAAAUUGAUAAAGAUUUGGUCAAAUACUUUGUUAUUCAUUGUUGGUUUUGCUGAUUUAUUUUAGUCCCAGUGUUAUCAAGAAUGUUCCUCAUUUCUUUUCUGUUAAACCCAAUUCAGGUUAUUUCCAAGUAAAUGAGAAAAAUUACUUCUUCAUUUUAUUAAUCUCAAGCAUCCUUCUUAGUAUUUUUUGUUAGAAUGUUGCUUGAAUGUGUGUUAAGUCAAGAAAAGGAAAAGUGAUCCUAGAAUAGAUGUCUAAACCUUUGCAUUGCAUAUAUGAGACGUUGCCCCAAUUACAAUUAAGUUUUAAGAUGGGGAUGAUUUUAUGUUAUUCCUUUAGAUCUUUUUACUAUGAAUUUCUCCAUAAAAAUAAUAAAAAACUGCCUCAGAAUUUGU